UACUGCUUUCAAGAGAUGGCGCUGGUCGCUGAAUGUUUGAGAGGGAGAGAGAUCUUGAAUCUUGAAUGAAAUACAGAAAUGUCUGGGCAGCAAAGAAUACCUCUCUACCUGGAGCGUCAUAAAAUAGGGGCACUGUUUGAGGAGUUGAUGUCCAAGAUAAUCCACGACCAGCCAGAUGACCCUAUCUAUUUCUUGAUCAAAGUGCUGCAGAAGAAACAUAAACUUAUCAAGGAGGCUGAAGAUGGAGCCAAAGGACCCACACCUACCAGAAAAAGUACCACAGAGCUCUUCAGCCAUAGCAAGAAAAGCACCCCAGAAUUAAGCAGAAAAAGCAUGCCAGCUUCUGCAGCUUCUUGGGCGCAGUCUCCUCCUGAUGGUGCUGUGACUGAAGACAAGCAGAGAGACUAUGAAAAACCUUGGUUGAGUCAUAGCAAGAGAUUGAAACCAAAGAAACCUGCUACUGCUGCUGCAGGAGGGGAUGGAGAGAAUGUAAAACCAGUUAUAAAGUGCAGCAAGGUUCAACUUAGUCCAAGGUCAAAGGUCACUCAAAGGUCAAGGACACAGUCCUCAGAGUUUGAGGAAUUUGUGAAAGCUCCAUCAGCACCAAGAAAACAGUGGAAUGCAGACAACAAAGUUCCUACAGCUGACUUUGAUGAGCUUUGGGAAAUCACAAAAGGAGGAAAAGCUUACCAGCGUGUUAGGGAUGAGGAAGAAAGAGAGGAGGCAGAAGCCAAGAAAAGAGAGAGUGGGUGGAGAAGUGUCAUGUUAGGGGAAGGAGAAGACAUGGUCUAUAGCAGUGGUGGCUACACUGGGCCAUAUAGAAAACCAAUGACAGAGGAGGAAGAAUUAGCUGCAGAGCUUUCAGUUGGGAGGUCAAUACGCAGUGAUCCCAGAGAACGCGAGGAGGCAGAAACUGAAAGCAGUGCAGGAUCAACCAGCAGCAAGCGUAAGGGUCCAAAAUUUGCCUCAGAACAACACAAGAAAGAUUUAGAGAAGUACAUCAAGAAGGAGAAAGAAGAUGUUCAGUCUCAAGACUCUGGUUAUCCGGGCGAGGACGAUGAUUAUGAUGAGGCCAUUGAAGUGCUGGAGAACCCCGAAGAUCUGAAGAAUGAAGGUAUAACUGGAGUGAAGACGUCUGGAGUCAGGAUCAGCAAGACAAUGAAGACAGUUGAAGCAGAGCCUCAAGUGAGAGUCAGUAUAUGUGCCAGAUGUGCUAGGGUCAUAGGUGGCACUGAAAUGAGUGAACCGACAAGACAGUCCAAAUUUGAAGAACUUUCUGAGGUUGGCUUUGAGAGAAAUGGAUCUGCAGCUGUACGGUUUGCCCGCCAGCCUCCCAGUGACUUUGCAGAUGGAGAAGAUGAUGAAGAUGACGAAUUUGAAAGUGUAUCUCAAGUCUCAGGACCUAGACACCCAGUGUGGCAAGCAGAAGACUCUGAUGCAGAAACCUUGACCCCAAGAAAGGGCAGCCAUAUGUUCAGUCCAGCUGGUAUCCCUACCAAAGGCAGGCAUAUGUAUGGUCGUGAUCCAUCCCCUCCAAUCUCAGAAGCUUCCACAGCCAGAAGUGGCAGACGGCCACCAGGUGGUGCUCAUGUUUUGGCAGCCACGGCUCCUCUUGCUAAACAAUCCUGGUAA